AUGAAUAAUGAAAAAAAACAAACAAACCAUAAUUUUAAAAAAGGAAAAGAUAAGAAUGACACAGAACUUUCAGAAGAAGAUAAUCAUUUAAAGGCUAAUCUUGAAAUAUUAGUCGAAAGACUUAAAGAAUCAGACGUUAAUCUUCAUGAACCUUCAUUAGAAUCUUUGACAGUUUUUAUUCGAACUUCAACUAGUUCUAUGACAGCUGUACCAAAACCUUUGAAAUUUUUGCGUCCAUACUUUUCUGAACUUACUGAAAUUUAUAAAACUUGGCCUGAAUCAAAUCAGAAGACUAUUCUUGCUGACAUAUUAUCUGUCCUUGGUAUGACAUAUGCUAAAGAAGGAAAAAGAGAAUCUCUUAAAUAUUGUCUCUUAGGGAAAAAAACUAAUUUAGAUUUAUGGGGCCAUGAAUAUAUGAGACAUUUGUCAGCGGAAAUAGGUGAAGAAUAUUCAAUAAGAAUUGAAAAUGAUGCUUCAACAAAUGAUCUUAUGGAAUUAGCAUUAAGAAUUGUUCCAUUCUUCCUUAGUCAUAAUGCGGAAGCUGAUGCUGUUGAUCUUUUAUUAGAAUUAGAAGCAAUUGAAAAAUUGCCUCCUUUUAUUGAUUCUAAUACUUAUUCUCGAGUAUGUUCAUAUAUAGUGAGUUGUGUUAAUCUUCUUGCACCACCAGACGAUGUUGCAUUUCUUAAAACAGCACAUACUAUAUAUAGAAAUCAAGGAAAGCUAGCACAAGCAUUAACAUUAGCAAUACGUUUAGGUGAUUAUGAGCUUAUUAAAAGUGAUUUUAAUAGUACAAAUGAUUUAAGUCUUAAAAAACAAAUGGCUUAUUUGAUAGCUCGACAACAAAUUUGGUUUGAAGAUGAUAAUGAAAAUAUAAAUGAGUGUUUAAGAAACAGUCGUUUAAGUGAAUUAUUCAAAUUUGUUGCAAAAGAACUUAAUGUUCUUGAACCAAAAACGCCGGAUGAUAUAUAUAAAAGUCAUUUAGAAACUCGGUCAAUGUCAUUAACUUCUGUUGACUCUGCAAAACAAAAUCUUGCGAAUACAUUCGUUAAUGCUUUUGUGAAUGUUGGAUUUGGUAAUGAUAAACUUAUUCUUUCUGAUGAUAAUAAUACUUCAUGGAUUUAUAAAAAUAAAGAUACAGGGAUGAUGUCAGCAGUAGCUUCAAUUGGAAUGAUUAUGCUUUGGGAUAUUGAAAUGGGUCUUGCGCAGAUCGAUAAAUAUCUUUAUUCAUCUGAUGAAAAUAUUAAAGCUGGUGCAUUAUUAGGUAUUGGAUUGAUUAAUACAGGUGUUCAUGAUGAAUCUGAUCCUGCUUUGGCUUUACUUGGGGAAUAUUUAGAAAAUAAAGACACAAAAUUCAAGAUUAGUGCUAUUGUUGGGCUUGGUAUGGCUUAUGCUGGUUCUAAUAUGGAAGAUAUUGUAGAGCUACUUCUUCCUUUUUUAAACGAUACUGAAUUGCCUAUGGAAAUAUCUAGUUUAGCAGCUUUAUCACUUGGUAUGGUAUUUGUUGGAUCAUGUAAUGGUGAUAUAACAUCAGCUAUUCUUCAAACAAUGAUGGAAAGAGAAAGUAAAUACUUAGAGGAAAAAUGGGGGUGUUUUAUGUCUUUAGGAUUAGCACUAUUAUAUGCUGGUAAACAAGAUGCAUCAGAUGCAACUUUGGAAAUAUUAAAAGCUAUUAAUCAUCCUAUUGCUCGACAAGCAGAUGUUCUUGUUGAUAUUUUUUCGUAUGCUGGUACAGGUAAUGUUUUGAAAAUUCAGGGCCUUUUGCAUAUAUGUAGUAGUCAUUUAGAUAAUGAUAAAGAGAAGAAUGACUUACAUCAAGGUUUUGCUGUAUUGGGAUUGGCUUUGAUUGCAAUGGGUGAAGAUAUAGGAGGAGAAAUGAUUCUUCGACACUUUGAUCAUUUAAAGAUGUAUUAUGGUGAGCCUGUCAUUCGUAAAGCAGUUCCUUUAGCUUUAGGGUUACUUAGUGCUUCUAAUCCUCAAAUUAGAAUAUUCGAAACUCUUAGUAGAUAUUCACAUGAUACUGAUAUUGAUGUUGCUAUUAAUGCUAUUUUUGCAAUGGGUUUAGUGGGGUCAGGUACAAAUAAUGCAAGAUUGGCUCAGUUGUUUCGCCAGUUAGCUAGUUAUUAUCAUAAAACUCCAAAUGCUCUUUUUAUGGUUCGUGUAGCUCAAGGACUUUUGCAUAUGGGGAAAGGAACAAUGACUCUUAGUCCAUACCAUACUGAUCGCCAAAUUAUGUCAUAUGUAUCUAUAUCAGGUUUAUUUACUGUAUUGGUUUCUAUGAUGAACUCUAAAUUUUUUAUAUUAGAUACAUUUCAUUGGAUAUUAUACUAUCUUACUAUGGCUAUACAUCCUCGUAUGCUUUUAACAGUUGAUGAGUUUGGUAAUUUUCAAAAAACAACAGUAAGACAAGGAACAGCUGUAGAUAUUGUUGGGCAAAUUGGGCGACCAAAGACUAUUACCGGGUUUCAGACUUUAGAAACUCCGACAUUGCUUCAACAUAGUGAUCGUGCAGAGCUUGCAACUGACAAAUAUAUUCCUCUUACUCCUACACUUGAAUGGAUUGUUAUAUUAAGGAAAAAUCCGAAUUAUAUGGAAGAAGAUACAUAA